AUGACGAUGUCAUAUGUGUGCAACACCGACGGCAACUUUCUUUGUGCAAUGUGUGGAGUGAAUGUGGAUAGUCAGGCUAGCGACUUGAUUGGGCUCGAGUCUGACAGAGCCCAUCGUCGACUUGCAUUGCAUACGCCCGCGAUCCAUCUCCUCCACCUUUUCCACCCCAACUCCCCAAGGACGCGCGAACUUGCACCGCCUUCGCCGGAAAUGGCGACUCUCCUCGCUCUCCUCAUGUGCCUCCUCCUCUUCUCCGCUCUCCCUUGCUGCGCCGCCGCCGCGUCGCCUUCCCGGUCCUCCGCCCCAUCGGCGGCCCCUACCCCGCUCGUCCCGGCGCUCUUCGUGGUCGGCGACUCCACGGCCGACGUCGGCACCAACAACUACCUCGGCACGCUCGCCCGCGCCGAUCGUGAGCCCUACGGACGCGAUUUCGACACCCACCGCCCCACCGGACGCUUCUCCAACGGCCGCAUCCCCGUCGACUACCUCGCGGAGAAGCUGGGGCUUCCCUUCGUGCCUCCGUACCUUGAGCAGAGCAUGCGCACGGGCGUAAGCAGUGUUGGCCUCGGCAAUAUUGAUGGAAUGAUCCAAGGCGUCAACUAUGCGUCCGCGGCAGGCGGCAUUCUCUCCAGCAGUGGCUCUGAUCUGGGGAUGCAUGUGUCGCUGACCCAGCAAAUGCAGCAGGUUGAGGACACAUAUGAGCAGCUGGCACUGGCUCUUGGGGAGGCAGCGACAACUGACCUGUUCAAGAGGUCGGUGUUCUUUGUGUCGAUCGGGAGCAACGACUUCAUCCACUACUACCUGCGCAAUGUGUCCGGCGUCCAGAUGCAUUACCUCCCAUGGGAGUUCAAUCAGCUCCUUGUUAAUGAAAUGAGGCAGGCAAUCAAGAAUCUGUACAACAUCAACGUCAGAAAGGUUGUAUUGAUGGGCCUUCCUCCUGUUGGCUGUGCACCUCACUUCCUUUCGGACUAUGGCAGCCAAAAUGGGGAAUGCAUCGACUACAUCAACAAUGUUGUGAUUGAGUUCAACUAUGGGCUGCGAUACAUGUCCAGCGAGUUCAUCCGCCAGUACCCAGAUUCUAUGAUCAGUUACUGUGAUACUUUCGAGGGGUCAGUGGACAUACUAGAGAACCGUGACCGCUAUGGCUUUGUGACCAUCACUGAUGCUUGCUGUGGGCUAGGGAAGUAUGGCGGCGUAUUCAUAUGUGUUCUUCCACAGAUGGCGUGCAGCGACGCAUCAAGCCAUGUCUGGUGGGACGAGUUCCACCCAACAGAUGCUGUGAAUCGGAUCCUGGCAGAAAAUGUCUGGUCGGGUGAGCACACCAAGAUGUGCUAUCCAGUCGACUUGCAGGAGAUGGUGAAACUGAAGCAGUAGAAACCAACCUGAAAUCUCCAUCUCAGUUGCUUGCUCAACUUCUUUGUUUUCAGUUUUACGAAGAACUUUUGGGGUCGGCAUAGAAAAUGUACAUAUCGAGAAUCACGGAGUUCUGUAAUCAGAUUUGGAUAGCUCUGGUUAAAUGCAAGUAUGUUUGCCUGUAAGUGAACUGUAAAGGAUCUGUAUUGCCAAACUGCCACAUAUUGCCUGUCAAGUGAGACUGAAUGAGUGAUGAGCC